AUGGAUCUGUCCCACCGGUUCUCCAAGAGAGAGCUGGCCCUGCCCUACGAGGAGGUCCUCUACACCAUGCAGCAUCCGUUACGGCCCCGCUGUCUCCCACAGGCUUUCGGCAUGGAUGCGGAGGAGCACAGUGUCAUCAUGCAGCAGGUCAAGGAACUGGAGAGACUGAUUUUUUGCCUAAAAGCAACCGUGAAGGAAGCCCAGGGGAUUCUGGGUAAAGAUGUCAGUGGGUUCAGCGACCCGUACUGCCUGCUGGGCAUCGAUGCCAAGAGCCAGGUCCCUGCUCACCCCGACCACAAGAAGCGGAUGAAGGCUGUGGUCAAAGACCUCAUCCCCGAAGACCAAAUCCAUCGCACGCAAGUCAUAAGCCAGACCCUCAGCCCGGUGUGGGACGAGACGUUUAUCCUAAAGCGGGGGGACCUGCCGGCCCUCCACGGCCUCAAACGAAUCUUUAAAGAUGCUCGCAAAGACAAAGGGCAGGACGAUUUCCUGGGGAAUGUGGUCCUUCGCCUGAAGGACCUGCACUGCUGGGAUGAAAGGAGGGCCACCACGAGCAGCCGGACACAGCCAAGCUACACCGUCCAUCGCCACCUCCUGCAGCAGCUGGUGUCCUACGAGAUCCUUCAGCACCAGGCCGGCAGCAUCGCCUGGGACGGGGAGCUGAGCAGGCAUGCCAGCACCGUGCUGUACCUGCACGCCACGCAGAAGGACCUCUCUGACUUCCAUCAGGUCAUGGCGUGAGUAUCCCAUCGCAAGCUCUACCAGAGCCUGGAGUUCAACAGCAGCUGCCUGCUCCACCAGAUCACCAGCAUCGAGUACCAGUGGGUGCAGGAGCGCCUGAGGCCAGAGCAGAAAGCAGAGCUGGCCGAGUCCUUCCAGUCCUUGCUGACUUACGGGGUCUCCCUCAUCCGGAGGUACCGCAUCAUCUUCCCCCUCUCUGUCCCGAGGUCCACGGAGAAGCUCCAGUCCCUGCUCCGGGUCCUGGUCCAGAUGUGCAAAAUGAAAGCAUUCCACGAGCUGUGCACACUCAGCCCUGACCUCCCCCAGAUGGUCUCCACGGCACUGAAGUCAGGCACGACGGAGUGGUUUCACAUGAAGAAGCAGCACCUCAAGCCCAUGGUGAAGAGCAUGGAGGAGAAUGGAAAAGCCUUGUCCAGACUCCUCCUGGAGGUGAUAGGAGAUCUCCAACAGUGCCAGAAAAUCUGGAAUAAAUUCUUCAUCAACACCUUGAAGUUGAAUCUCUUCUCCAUCGCCUACCUGGAGCUGGAGAGCCUGGUCGCAGACCAUGUCCAGGAGGAGCUGCGUGAGGUUGACAGCAGCAUGUCCAAGCCCACGGCUGAGAGCCUUUUCCAGCUCUACAUGAACCUGCAGGAGCUCUAUCGGAUGAAGGACUUCCUCCCAAAGAGGGAUGGACCUCUGGCUCUGAGCAAUUUCCACCAGUGGUUCAAGGAAGCUGUGCCCCAGUGGUUGCAGAAGGCCUACACCAUUGCGCUGGAGAGGGCACAGAGAGCCGUCCAGAUGGACCAGCUGAUGCCCUUUGGGGAGCACAACAAGCACAGCACGUCCACCGUUGACCUGUCCACCUGCUACGCCCAGAUCGUGAAGACCUGGCAGCAGCUCAACUGGCCGGACCCCGAGGAAGCCUUCAUGAUCAUGGUGAAGCUCGUGGAGGACAUGUGCAAAAUCGCCCUGAUGUACUGCCGGCUCGUCAAGGAGAGGGCUGAGGCUCUGUCGCUGAGCAAGCAGAAUGAGGGCGAAGCAGCCAACAGGCUCUGCAUCGUGGUGAACAACAUCAAGCAGCUAGCGCCGUCGCAGCUGGACUGGGCCCAGCUGGAGCAGCGCACGGGGGCCGUCAUCGACCGGCAGCAGAUCCAGCACACGCUGCACAACCAGCUCGACAGCACUGUCUCCUGCCUGGACCACGAGGUCCGGGACGUGGUGCAAGCCCUGGCCACCAAGCUGGAAAAGGGCAUCGCCAGACACAUCCAGGAGCUCUCAUCUUCCAACGACACUGGGGAGCCUGAAGAUUCCAUCAUCCCUCUCAUGAAGUUCCUGGAGUCGGAGCUGCAGUAUCUCAACGAGCAUCUGGUCCAGGAGAACUUCAACAGCCUCCUCGCUCUCCUCUGGCAUCACAGUGUAGCUAUGCUCCAGUCCCCUCAUCAUCCUCGUAGCCCUCCGCUGGACUCUCUCCAGUAGCUCUUCAUCUUUCUUGAACUGCGGAGCCCAGAACUGGACACAGGGGUUUCUUUUGGGUGCUCUCCAGGGAGGGCAUCCCUGGGCUGUGGACCCAUCCGUACGUUUGACCGUCACCUCUCGUCCUCCCUGCAGUCGCUGGAGACCCACCUGGCCCUCUGCUCUGCCACCAGCCGCAAACUCAUCCAGAAAUACUUCAGCAACAGGAUUCAGCAGCAGCUGGACACCGGCUCGGAGAAGUACGGGGCCGUGACAAUCAAAGCUCUGUACCUGCCUUCGGAGCAGAAACUCCGCGUGGAAGUGCUCAACGCCGCCAACCUCAUCCCGCUGGACUCCAACGGCUCCAGCGACCCCUUCGUCCAGCUCACCCUGGAGCCCCGGCACGAGUUCCCCGAGGUGGUGGCUCGGACCACCCAGUGCAAGAGGAACGAGCUGCACCCCCUCUUCGACGAAGCCUUCGAUUUACCCCCACGCUUCAGCCAAGCCCCUGCUGUGGGGCUGCUGCUCUGGGAACUGGGUCCUGCCCUUGGAUUUCACCCCCUGCACCCCACUGGGGGCUCAGCCUGGGGGUCCCAUGGCUGGAGCUGGGGAGACGAGAUCCUCCGGCUGCUGGAGUCCAGGAAGGGGGACAAAGAAGCUCAGGCCUUCGUUAAGCUCCGCAAGCAACGAGCCAAGCAGUCCAAGGAGACGGAGUGA